UAUUCAUUGUUCUAUGGUGUAAAUAUAGCAAACAAAUGUCAAGCUGUCAUUUAUAUUUUCGUAUGCUUCUUUAAAUAAAAAAACUAUAUUAAACAUAAAAAUAGCUCUCAUAAACCUCAUAGAUCGCAUUAGUAAUUUAGGUAUGAAUUUAUUUUAGAACCAAAACGUUCAUAACCGACACUCAUCACAACAUGAAUGUUUUGAAACAAAAACCUGAAUUAAAGAAACCCAUCAGAUCGAUAGCACCUAAAGUGCCAGUAGAAAAAUCAGAUACUAAUUAUCAAAUAGUUGAUAAAAAUGCUAAAGUGUUCCUAUUAGUGCCCGUUGUAGGAACUUUAUAUUCUACUCCAACUAGUUGCCCACAAAGUUUUUCACAGAGCAAUUCAUUAGAGCCAAAAAGUAAUCGAUUAGAAAAUGACGACGAAAAACUGGGUAAAACUGAUUCAUCAAAUAUAGCAAUUAGUUUAAACAAGUGCAAGUUAUGUGACAAAUCCUUGCCGACUUAUAGAUCACUGAAAUAUCAUAUGCGUGUACAUGUUGCUGAUAGACCAUUUACUUGUAAUGUAUGUGAAGGAACUUUUAGGACUGAAUCUACUCUGAAACGCCAUAUGAUUGUGCACACUGAUCGUUUCAAAUGUACUUUGUGUGCAAAAUGUUUUAUCUCUAAUCGGGAUUGGGCUUCACAUAUGACAGGGACACAUUUAAUAGAAAAUCCUUACAAAUGCCCUUAUUGUGACCAGAGUUAUGCAGUAAGCGGAUAUCUUCAGAAACAUAUUCAGGAACAUGGUGUCAAGCAUAUUUUGAAAUGUGAUAAAUGUGACAGAACUUUUAGCUCUGCAGUAGGUUUAGCAAAACAUAUUGUUACCCAUCGUGAAAUAAAAUCACAUACUUGUACCGUUUGCAGCAAAAAAUUUUCAACUGCAGCUUUUCUAAAUACACAUAUGAUAAGUCAUACUUUAAAAAGAAUAUAUAAAUGCCUUGUUUGUGAUUUGUGCUUUGUAAGUCCUUUACAUUUACGAAAACAUAUGACAAGGCAUAACUCGGAAUCAAUUUUCAAUUGCAUAGUCUGUGGUAAAUAUUUUGAAAAUAUUAAUGACUUCACUAAGCAUAAAAAAAUACACAAAAGAAUACGAAAAUUUAUGUGUAAUUUAUGUGAUAAAUCAUACUGUACAAAUUGGGAGCUAAGAGCUCAUAUGAAAAUACAUAGUUCUGAACGUCCAUUUCAAUGUACAAUUUGUGGUAAAAGUUAUAAGUUUAAAAGUACUUUAUUACAUCAUAUGAAAUUACAUACAAGAAAAUUCAAACCUAGGUGUGAGAUAUGUGAAAAAACAUUUGCUAGAGAGUCUGGUUUGGCCAUUCAUAUGCGAAGGCAUACUGGAGAAUCCCGAAGGAAUUGUGAAAUUUGUGGAAAAGUUUUCCAUGAUGAAAUGACUUUUGCUCGUCACAUGACUAGGCAUAAUGGUGUUAUUACAUGCAAGUGCCCUAUGUGUGGUAAAGGCUUUUAUAAUCAGGCUGAUUUGGCAGCACAUAAGUCUUACCAUGAAGAUAGGGGCUCUUAUGAAUGUGAAACUUGUGGUAGAAUUUUUGCACUCCGAAGAUACUUAGCUACACAUAUGAAAAUGCACUCUGUUGACAGACCAUAUCUAUGUGAUUUAUGUGGUAGACGCUUUAAACUUAAGUAUAAUUUAAAUAUUCAUAUAAGGGGCCACAGUGGUGAAAAGCCUUAUUCCUGUGAUGUGUGCGGAAAGAGUUUUGCUUAUAGCUGUGGAUUGCUCUUACACAAACGAUGGCAUACUGGCAUAAGGCCCCACCAGUGUACUAUUUGUAACAAAGCUUUUGUGAUGAAACGUGAUUUGCAAGUUCAUAUGCGGGUUCAUUCUGGAAUUAGGCCUUAUAAAUGUGCUACAUGCGAUAAGAGAUUUAUGAGCAAAGCAUGUUUGACAAAACAUAUUGCUAAGUUACAUUCAAUUAAUCAGUUUUAA